UGCUUUAAGUAGACUAUUUCAAAAAAGUAGCCAUCCACACUUGCUCACAAAAAGGUUGGAGACCCUAGCAACAUGAAAAAAAAACGUAUUCAGGAAAUGGAAAAGCCAUUUGAUAGGUAAUUUAAAGCAAUGGAGGAAGUAUGGAGCCUUUAUAAACUGGUUAAAAAAAACAGGUUAGUUGCGUUUUGUUAAUUUUUCUUGCACAUCUGUUUCUUGCACAUCUGUGCUCCACACUCCAGUUCAGUAGGUGGCGGUAGUGCACCAUAAGUUUAGUUGCCAACCGCCAUAAAACAUAAGAAGAUAAAGAAGAGAACUAUUCGUUCAAAAAGAAUGAAUCACGAACGUACCGUUGAGCAUCACAUCAACAAAUCAAGUUCACAAUCGUAGAGUGAAAGUGAUUGAGACAUUCAGUGAAGCUCCUCCUACAACAAUCCACAAAGAGAAAUCCCUUCAUGUGUGACAACUAAAAUCUUCAUGACAUAUUGUUGGUGUUGGUGAAAGAGGAGCUUGAGAAGAUGAGAGAUCCAGAACCAUGCAGAAUGGAGAAUGAAGAUACUGAGGAACAAAGAGAUACGAUGGGAAUAAACACGGACCAUCUACUUGAACUAAAUAAAGCAGAUGAAACACAUAAUAUUAAAACAAUACAAAAUGCGGAUCAACAGAAAAUUCACACUGGAGAGAAACCAUUCACGUGUCAUUACUGUGAAAAAAGUUUUACAACUGCAGGUGUGCUCAAGGUACACGUGAGAAUUCAUACAGGAGAGAAACCAUUCCCAUGUCAUCAGUGUGAAAUGAGUUUCAGAAGUAAAAGUUUCCUUACAAGACACCUGAUAACUCACAGUGAAGAGAAACCUCACGUGUGCCAUGACUGUGAAAAAAGAUUUACCACUGCAAGUGACCUGAAGAGACAUUCAAGAAUGCACACCGGAGAGAAACCGUUCACAUGUCAUCUGUGUGAAAAGAGUUUCAAAAGUAAAAGUAAACUUAAGAUACACGUGAGAAUUCACACUGGGGAGAAACCAUUCGCAUGUCAUCAGUGUGAAAAGAGUUUCAGAAGUAAAUAUCAACUUACGAUUCACUUGAGAAUUCACACUGGAGAGAAACCAUUCGCAUGUCAUCAGUGUGAAAUGACUUUCACAAGAAAAAGUGGCCUUGCAAGCCACAUGAUAAGUCACAGCGAAAAGAAACCUCACGCGUGUCUUCAGUGUGACAAGACUUUCUUAAAUAAAAGUAGACUUGAGAUUCACAUGAGAAGUCACACUGGAGUGAAACCCUACCCAUGUCUUCAGUGUGAAAAGAGUUUCACAAAUAAAGUCGCUCUUAAGAAACACACGACAGUUCACACCGGAGAGAAACCGUUCAUAUGCCAUCAAUGUGGAAAGAGUUUUAGAAUAAAACCUAACCUUGAUGCACACGUGAGGAAUCACACUGGAGAGAGACCACAUGCGUGCCAUCAGUGUGGGAAGAGUUUUAAAACUGCAGGGAACCUUAAGGAACAUUCGAGAAUUCACAGUGGAGAGAAGCAUUACACAUGUCAACAGUGUGGAAGGAGUUUCACCUGUCAUGCCCAAUUUUAUUAUCACAUGAAAGUUCACAGUGGGGAAAAGCCACACGCAUGCCGUCUUUGUGACAAGCGUUUCAUAAAUUCAAGUCAACUUAAGGCACACAUGAGGUCUCACACUGGAGAAAAACCGUUCAAGUGCUGUCAAUGUGAAAAGAGUUUUAGAAAUUUAAGUUACCUUAAGUUACACAUGGGAGUUCACACUGGAGAGAAACCCUUUACAUGCCAUCAUUGUGACAGGAGUUUCUCAUAUCCAUCUCAACUUACGUUACACGUGAGGUCUCACACUGGAGAGAAACCUUACACUUGUCAUCUUUGUGGAACGAGUUACAAAGAAAAAAGUAGCCUGACGGUACAUGAAAGAAUUCAUACUGGAGAGAAACCGUUCACAUGCCAUCACUGUAAAAAAAGUUUCAGAAGUAAAGUUACCCUUAGAGCACACGUUAAAACUCACACAGGAGAGAGACCUCAUACAUGUCUUCAGUGUGAAAAGAGUUACACAAGUAAACGUGCUCUUCAGAGACACAUGAAAAUUCACACCGGAUAGAAGCCAUUCACAUGCCAUCACUGUAGAAAAAGUUUCAGAAGAAAAGUUAAGCUUAAAGGAAAACGCCACCGUUUUUAAAUAUUUUACUAUGUUCUUACCUCAACUUAAUACAUACCUAUCUUUUUUCAAUGCGUGCACUUUUAAAGGACAAGUGCAUUAAACUUUCGUUUACAAAGACGUGAAACUCACCGAGUGGUCGGGGGUGUUCACUGAUAUGCUCAAACAAAAAUCGCUGCAAAAGAUGCUUUCCAACAGGUGUUUUAGCAUUCGUUGUAAACUUGUGGACCUAUUUUUCCAAACGCCUCACACCUGUAUAUUCUUCCGUUGAGAGCUUGAAUAAUAAACACUCCAGCCCAGGUGGUGGCAAUAAUCCACCUUUGCCAAUUGCAAGAAUACAAACAACGUUCCCGGCACGAAGUCAUACCGUACCUCACAGCACAUCUAAUACAAGUCAAUGGAGUUGGACAAAAACUAUGAUAAAACCUGUUGGAAUGCGUCUUUUGCUGCGAUUUUGUGUGAGCAUAUCAGCGAACACCCUGACCACUCGGUGAGUUUCACGUCUUUGUAAACGAAAGUUUAAUGCAUUUUAGAAAGGAUUGUUCCUGUGCACCUAAACACCCAUUGUAGAGCCCUACUGAAAAAUCCAGCUAAAACCAGCUACCAGCUUAAGGUGGUUUACGCUGGUCCUCCCAGCCUGACAAAGCUGGUCAUGCUGGUGGGCCAGCUGGUAUUCCAGCAUGACCAGCUAAGUCCAGCUAGACCAGCUUAAAAUGCGACCAAAACACACCUAGACCAGCUUGCUACACCAGCAAAACCAGCUUCCUACACCAGCAAAACCAACUAAAACCAAGCUGGGGACCAGCUAAAACCAGCUCACCAGCUUAUGCUGGUCUUAGCUGGAUUUUUCAGUAGGGAGGUGGGAGGUGAUAGAACAAACACCCGAAAAUUCUCAGGCCAGCAUCAUAUGUCCAAAUUUCAGUCAAAACCGUUCUAUUUCACCAUAAACCAUCUGAAAACAGGGCUUUAAGUGUAAAAUACCGAACUUGUCUUUUAAUCUUUGUACAUAUGAAAGCAUUUAGCCUAGCCCCAUUCAUUCCUUUGCAUCCAAACAGGGAAGAAUUAAGAAGCCACUAAACACUUCCAUGUUUUCCCUAUUUUAAGACUGUUACAUGAGUAGUUCGUUACACAAGUAAGUAUGGUGGCACAAAAUAAAACUUUUGUUUGGAGUCAUAGGAAUGAAUGGGGCUAGGCUAAAUGCUAACACAUUCAAGAAGCUAUGUACAAAGAUUAAAAGUGCACGCAUUGAAAAAAGGUUAUGUAUUAAUUUAUCUAAGUUGAGGUAAGAACAUAGUAAAAUAUUAAAAAUAGGGGCGGACUGGCCAUCUCAAGCACUGGGACAUUUCCCGGUUGUUCUGGCCUGCCUGCUGUGUGUGCACCUGUAUCACCCUGACAUGUGAUAGAUUGAUUAAUGAAUGACGGACCUCUCAAACUAAGAAUCAAGCAAUCGCAGACCUCCCGAUGCUCUGCCUCUUUGUCUACAUCUGAGAAUCGUGCAAAAUAAAAAAAGAGCGCAAAGGAUAAACACAGAGCGGAUAUGAAAUGCCUGGCAACAGACACAGCAAGAUGCUGCAACGUCACAAAAACGUUCAGGGUACAGGUCGGUUAAAAUUAACAGUAAAAGCACGCAUCUUGAUUAGUUGACUGCAUGUCUUAAAAUCAGGUGGGGGAAUUGCUUUGUCGUCAUUCGUUGCAAUCUGAAAUUCAAUAUUUUUAAUCAUCCAGAUACCCUGAAUGUUUUUGAGAAGGUGGCCAAGUAAGCCUAUACUUGAAUAAUAGAAAUGCAUAAAAUAUAUGAACUGUGUCUCUCUCACUCCUUUUAAAGUGUAAGCCAACUGUGUAUUUGUCUUUAUACAUGGUGUAUUCCUAAUGAAUUCUCAAAGGUUUACUUAUAGAAAUAUAUACUGCAUUCUUUGUAUUGUUGGUGAGCGCCAUUUUUUUAUAUUUUGUAAUCUGAAUAAAAAUUCUCUUAGAUAAA